AUGUUUCUAGGAUUAUUGUAAAACAAGCAGAUUCCAUGGAAUACUAUCAAUGUUUAAAUAGAUAAAAUUAAAUAUAAAGGUGACCCUAGCUACUGCGAACAGAGAGAAAUAGAAUUAAAUACAUUUAACGAAAAAAUUAGCCGUGGACUUCUUGCAAGCAAUUUAGAUGAGCUAAAAUAACUUAAAAUUAGAAUUAAAGAUCCUUCAGGAGAUUAAUUAAAUAUCCUCAUGGAUACAAUCACUAAGAUUUCAUGUUAGCCUGAAGAAUUAGAACUUAGUUUAGCAUUCGAUUAUAAUGAAAAACUGCCUGACUAUAAAAGGAUGGACUAUAACUCAGACCAAUAUGUUGAUUCUAUUCUAUAAUCAAUCCACUAUAUGGGUCAUAAAUUAAAGUAUUUAGAAGUAGAUUUGUCAAGUUGGUCUCUAGCUAUGGAUGGAAUUAAUGACAAAAAGGUAGAAAAAAUUUGCUAAAUAUUCAACUUUUUGCCUAAUCUAACCUCCCUACGGUUAUCAUUAUUUCAAUGGGGAUUACACAAUGCUGAUGUUUCGGGAAAAAGUGUGAUUAACAUAUGUGAAGGUAUAAAAAAAAUUAAAUUAACAACACUCCAUUUGGAUUUGGGAAGAUGGGGUUGCACUAGACAUGACACCCUAAACAUACUUGAAGACAGCCAUGUUACUAUAAUUAGCUAAUUUCUAUCUUCAUAAAAUUAGUUGCUGCACCUUAAUUUAAAUUUAAGAAGCUGGGGUUACUCUAACAAUAGAAUCACCAUAGAUUCUUUUAAAUCUUUAGGAGAAGGUCUCAUUCAGCUAAGCAACUUAAAAACUUUGGCAGUUAACUUUUUCAUGUGGGGCUAUAAUAACUAAAGUAUUCAAACAGAUAGUGCAAUAAUGUUUUUUGAGAUUUUUAACUACCAUAAAUAUUAAGCUUUUCAGAAUUUAACUAGCAUUAAAUUUAUUUUUAAAGGAUUUUAGUAUUGUUUGUACUCAUCGAUUAAUAUAUUUUUUCAAAACUUAACGACUUUACCUAACUUACUUAGGCUCUCAUUAAACAUCUUAGGCUGGUAAGAAGUACAGGUUUAGAUAUCAGAUGAGUAUAUGUAAAACCAUGGAAUUAGUAAGAUAUUUUCAAAAAUACAAGGCCCUGUUCUGAUAGAUUGUCCUUACUUAAUUGAAUUUGAAGAAGUUACCCACUCUUCAUAUAAUAAAAAUAUAAAAUAAUAUUAUCCUGUAAGAAAGAAAUUAUAACACAGAAAAAAUAUUAUGAAAUUAAUUCAACUGAUGAAACAUCAAAAAAUAAAAAAGUAAGCUCUUUCUAGCAAUUAUAUAUCCCUAAAACCAGAAUCUAUGAAAGAGUUACAUUAAGAAAACGAAAUUAAUUCAAGCCUCACUUAAAUUUUUAGAAAAGAAGUUGUGUUUGAAUUAUUAGAAGAGUAUUUAAUUUGA